UUGGCCUGUGAAUAUUUUUUUUUUACUCAUUUUGGACUUAUGUGGCUGAGAGCGACUAACAGACGCGUUCAGAAAGCCAAGAGUAUUCUGAAAUGUCUGCUCUGCAUUCCCGUCACGCUCUGUGUUUUCUACUUAAUAUCUUCCUGUGUAAGAAUUUUAAUCGGCUACAUACCGAUGGAUAAAUGCUCUUUGGAAAGUGCAGAGAUGCUGUCUGUGGACUACAGUGUGGACACCAGCCUCGACCUUUGGUCCAGAUCUGAUGUACAGACGUGUACAUCUUGGAAGGCUCCCAUCCUCUGGGACGGGAUGUUUGACCCCGAUCUUUACGACCAAAUGCACAAGAAGAAAGGAUCCUCUGUUGCUUUAACAGUGUUUGCUGUGGGCAGGUACCUGGACGCUUACCUGAAGACCUUCCUGAGCUCAUCAGAGCGCCACUUUAUGUUGGGUUUGCCCGUCACGUAUUACGUAUUUACGGACGAGCCAGAGAAAGUGCCAGACAUGAAGCUGGCUCCUCAGAGAAGCAUCAGGGUUAUCAAAGUGGAGAAGAACUCCAGGUGGCAGGACGUCUCUAUGAUGCGGAUGAAGACCAUAUCAGACGUCAUCGAGUCAGAUAUCCGCCAUCACUGCACGCACGUCUUCUGCUUCGAUGUGGAUCAAGUGUUUACUGGGCGGUUUGGCUCGGAGGCUCUGGGAGAGUCCGUGGCUCUGCUCCACGCCUACUACUACCACCUCCCAAAGAUGUUGUUUACCUACGACCGCAACCCAAAUUCCAAGGCCUUCAUGAAAACCGGGGACUUCUACUACCACGCCGCCGUCUUUGGAGGCUCGUGGAAGAGCAUCAAAGCGCUGACUGAGGCCUGCUACCAGAGCAUCAUGGAGGACAAGCUGAAGAACGUGGAGGCUCGGUGGCACGACGAGAGCCAUCUCAACAAGUACCUGUGGCUCCACAAGCCCAGCCGGGUGCUCUCCCCGGAGUACUGCUGGGACACCAGCAUCGGCUACAGGCGGGACAUACGGGUCACCCGCCUGCUCUGGGCACCCAAACAUUAUGACACACUUCGCACUUAGUC